AUGAGAAAGUGGACAGGAAUCAAACAUACGAUCAAACACAUUGCUGCCACACAACCAAUGUUCAGAACUCUGGCGAGCGUUCAGAUAUUUUGUUGUGACUUCAAGUGCUGCGGUGGGACUCACGUGACUGGCAUCGUUGGACAGGAAGUCCACGCCGCUUCUGUUUACCGUCUGUCCCGUGCACGUGUGGGCCGGCGGCUCCCGGGUGCCGGGCCUGCAGUGGGAGCCGUGAAGACUUUGUGGCCUAGUUUAAGACGCCGCAGCCCUCUCAUUAAGUGGGCGACGCUCGCUGGCAUUCUGCGGCUCGCAGAGCCGCUAUUUGCCAUGGCCAUCACGCCGCUUGUCUGCGAGAGUGACAGGUUGCAGAAAGAUGGCGGAAGCAGGGAUCGAACCUGCAACCCUCAAAAAAGUUGCUGGCGCAGCCGCUGUACCAACCGAGCCACGCCGCCCCAGAAGAAGAAGAAGGAGAAGGAGAAGGAAAAUAAGGAGAAGAAGAUAAAGAAGAAGGAGAAAGAGGAGGAGAAGAAGAAGAAGGAGAAGAAGGAGGAGAAGAAGAAUGAGAGUAGGAAGAAAGAGAAGAAGGAGAAGAAGAAGAAGAAGAAAAUGAAGAAGAAUGAGAAAGAGAAUGAGAGGAAGGGGGAGAAGAAGAAUGAGAAUAAGAAGAAUAACAAAAAAGAGAAGGUGAAGGAAGAGAAGAAGGAGAAGGAAGAGAAGAAGAACAAGAAGAAGAUAAAGAAGAAUGAGAAGAAGUAGAAAGAGGAGAAGAAGAAGAAGGAGAAAAAAUAAAUAUAAAGAUGAAGAAGAAGAAGAAAGAGAAGAAGAGGAAGAUAAAGACAAAGGAGAAGGAGGAGAAGAUGAAGGAGGAGAAGAAUAAUAAGAAGAAGGAAAGGAGAAGAAGAAGAUGAAGAAGAAUGAGAAGAAGUAGAAGAAGGAACAAAAGAAGGCAAAGAAGUAGAAAAAGAAGGACAAGAAAAAGGAGAAGAAGAUAAAAAUAAAGAUGAAGAAGAAGGAGAAGAAGAGGAAGAUAAAGAUGAAGGAAAAGAGGAGAAGAAGAAGGAGAAGAUGAAGAAGAAGAAGAAGUAGAAGAAGAAGAAGAAAAAUAAGAAGAGGAAGAAGAUGAAGAUGAAGGAGAAGGUGAAAAAGAAGAAGAAUGGAUGUGAAGACAAUGCAAAGUCACUAUCAGUGUAGUAACGUUCCAAAGAAAGUUCUUCCAAAGGUCAUGCAGAUGAAAAAAGGUUUUAGUUGUCAAUGAAAGUGUUAUUGGAUUGAAACUGGAAAGUCAACCAGACAACCCAGCAGACACAAGACAUUGAUACAACGUUGAUUACACAUGCUUUAAAACUGACUUUGAAAUACUGUUGCAAAAUAGUUGUGUUUGUAAAAUUGAGAAUGUUGAUGUCCAACAUUGGAUCCUCGUUGUUGGUUGGGAAAUUACCAAAUUUCAAUGGUCAAAUCAAUGCCACAACCUAACAUUGAAUAGACGUUGUCAAAAGGUAUGUUGUUUCAAGGUUGUAUUUGUGUUGUAUAAUAUUGGUUGGGAAAUGACCAAAAUUCAAUGGUCAAAUCAACGUCACAACUCGACAUUGAUUAAACGUCAAAAAUAAUGUUGUUUCAACGUUGUAUUUCUGUUGUACAAUAUUGGUUGGAAAAUGACAAAAAUGCAAUGGUCAAAUCAACGUCACAACCCAACAUUGAUAAACGUCAAAAAGAAUGUUGUUUCAACGUUGUAUUUGUGUUGUAGAAUAUUGAUUGGAAAAUGACCAAAAUUCAAUGGACAAAUCAACGUCAACUUGACAUUGAUUAAACGUCAAAAAGAAUGUUGUUUCAACGUUGUAUUUGUGUUGAAGAAUAUUGGUUGGGAAAUGACCACAUUCAAUGGUCAAAUCAACAACACAACACAACACAACAUUGAUUAAACGUCAAAAAUAAUGUUUCAACGUUGUAUCUACGUUGUAGAAUAUUGGUUGGAAAAUGACAAAAAUGCAAUGAUCGAAUCAACGUCAAAACCCAACAUUGAUUAAACGUCAAAAAGAAUGUUGUUUCAACGUUGUACCUACGUUGUAAAAUAUUGGUUGGAAAAUGACAAAAAUGCAAUGAUCGAAUCAACGUCAAAACCCAACAUUGAUUAAACGUCAAGAAGAUUGUUGUUUCAACGUUGUAUUUGUGUUGUAGAAUAUUGGUUGGGAAAUGACCACAUACAAUGGUCAAAUCAACAACACAACACAAUAUUGAUUAAAAGUAAAAAAGAAUGUUGUUUCAACGUUGUAUCUACGUUGUAAAAUAUUGGUUGGAAAAUGACAAAAAUGCAAUGAUCGAAUGAACUUCAAAACCCAACACUGAUUAAACGUUAAGAAGAAUGUUGUUUUAAUGUUGUAUUUGUGUUGUAGAAUAUUGGUUGGGAAAUGACCAUAAUUCAAUAAUUGAAUCAACGUCACAACCCAACAUUGAUUAAACGUCAAAAAGAAUGUUGUUUCAAUGUUGUACCUACAGUACGUUGUAGAAUAUUGGUUGGAAAAUGAUAAAAAUGCAAUGAUUGAAUCAACGUCAAAACCCAACAUUGAUUAAACGUCAAAAAGAAUGUUGUUUCAACGUUGUACCUACGUUGUAAAAUAUUGGUUGGAAAAUGACAAAAAUGCAAUUAUCGAAUCAACGUCAAAACCCAACAUUGAUUAAACGUCAAGAAGAAUGUUGUUUCAACGUUGUAUUUGUGUUGUAGAAUAUUGGUUGGGAAAUGAACAAAAUUCAAUGGUCAAAUCAACGUCACAACCCAACAUUGAUUAAACUUAAAAAAGAAUGUUGUUUCAACGUUGUAUUUGCGUUGUAGAAUAUUUUGGGAAAUGACCAAAUUUCAAUGGUCAAAUCAACGCCACAACCUAACAUUGAAUAAACGUUGUCAAAAGGUAUGUUGUUUCAACGUUGUAUUUGUGAUGUAGAAUAUUGGUUGGGAAAUGACCAAAAUUCAAUGGUCAAAUCAACAUCACAAACCAACAUUGAUUAAAUGUAAAAAAGAAUGUUGUUUCAACAUUUUAUUUGCGUUGUAAAAUAUUGGUUGGGAAAUGACCAAAUUUCAAUGGUCAAAUCAACGUCAAAACCCAACAUUGAUUAAACGUCAAAAAGAAUGUUGUUUCAACGUUUUAUUUGCAUUGUAGAAUAUUUUGGGAAAUGACCACAUUUUAAUGGUCAAAUCAACGUCAGAACCCAACAUUGAUUAAACGUUGACUAAAAGCAUGUUGUUUCAACGUUAGGUUUGAGUUGCACAACGUCAGUACCUAAGUCAACAAGUUGUCAACGUUGUUUCAAUGUCUUGUGCCUGCUGGGAGGGAGUGUUCCGCCAUGACAUAACGUUUCUGCAGCCAUGUUGGAAAAAGAAAAAGGAAGCGUUGCAUAUUGAUGUAUUUAUGUAGGUGCAUACAUUUUAGGGUUGUAACUCUAAUUGCGUCUGUCGCUGUUGCAGAGAGAGAAAGUCAGUGGCCAUUUAUUAUAGAUGAGACACAUUUAAUGUGUAUUAAAUCACAUAUGACCUCUGGGUUGUGACACUUCCUGGAUGAAAUAUGACCAUUCCACCAGGCAUUAUGCAUGCAUGCCACAUUUUCUCACAAUUCCAUAUUCACCUCACACUGAGCGCUCAUGUUUUUGCAGCACGUCUUCCAUUGUGCACCGCAAAUAAAACGUAUUCAUCACAAUUUGCUCUUAUUAUGAUGAUGAUGCAGGUGUUAUUAUGAUGGUGAUGCAACCAGCAGGACGCAGUCAUUCAUAGAAUUAAAGCUACCGGGGGUCCACAUAACAUUCUUUUUAAUACCAAUUCUAAACCAAUGCAUCAUUUUCAA